AAACCUGUGAGCGAAACAAAUUAUUUAUAUGAACUCGAAAAAACUACACAAGAUAUUAUUAAUGCAGUUUUGAAUGCGCAAAAACAUGACGCUGGGAUUGGUUCUGUUACUAUUCCCAACACAACUCAAACUAUAUCCUUUUAA